AUGCUGAAUCAAGUAGCAAAAGUGUACACACCCAAGGUGUUUGAGUUAUUUCAAAAUGAAGUUGAAGAGAUACCACCACUUUCCAUUAUAGACCACAAUGAAAGUCAAGAGAUACAUAGAUAUGUUGUUGGAGUUUUCAACGAACAUGGAAAAUACAACAUUAUUUGGAAUCCAUCAGAUCAAACUUUGUCUUGCAAUUGUAGAAAGUUUGAGACAUUCGGUAUUUUGUGUCGGCAUGCUCUAAAAAUUCUUGAUACGUGGGAUAUCAAGCUGAUUCCUGAUAGAUAUAUUCUAAAGAGAUGGAGAAGAGAUGCAAAAGAUGAGAAUGAAAAACAAUUCAUGAAGAAUGACAUUGAGUUAGAUACUCGAUUAGGAUAUGCAGAUAGGUAUCGAGCUUUGUGUCCUAAAUAUAUUCAAUUGGUAAAUGAGGCAUGUGAAACUGAAGAAGGCUUUAAUAUCCUAAAUGCGGCUGUUGCAGAUUUGAAGAAAAGACUUUGUGAUGCAAAUAAUUGUCAAGCUAAUGCAGAAAAAGAUACUAUUAGGCUUUCAACCAAUAUUGUAGACAAAGAAGAUCAACCAUGUGUUUCAUUCAUGGUAGGGCCAAAAGGAAUAAAGAAAAAGGAGAAUUAUCGUAAUAAGAAACGUCGACCUAAACCAUGGAUAGAAAAUAUGAAGAAACCUAAAGAAAGCAUGUCAAAGAAUCAAGCAAAGGAAAUCAGAGAGUCAAAGGAUAUAGAAAUACAUGAUUGCAACACACAGAAGAGCAAUGAGGAUAUCGCAUAUAGUCAUGUUCCUAGCUUUACCCAAAUAUCUAGGAUACUUGCAUCUCGUAGUUUCCCUAAUCAAAACUUUCUACAAGAGGAACCAACUAAAGAAGUUCAAAAAUGA